UCUGCCAACUGCUGCUGGCUUGUCGCUGAUGGCGCACUCACUCUGUCCUGGGCACCAUCCACUCUCCUGGUCGUCCCUUCUUCUCUCUUCGGUUUUCUUGGUGUGUCGACGCUCGCCUCGGCGGUGACUUUAUCCGCUUCCAGGGCAACAUUUUACCCCGAAUCAACACGACAGUUUAGGAGGAUGAACCCCCAGUGUGCCCGCUGCGGGAAGAUCGUGUAUCCCACGGAGAAAGUGAGCUGCCUGGAUAAGAACUGGCACAAAGGAUGCUUCCACUGCGAGGUUUGCAAGAUGACCCUGAACAUGAAGAACUACAAAGGUUACGACAAGAAGCCGUACUGCAACGCGCAUUAUCCCAAAACAUCCUUCACCACUGUGACCGACACGCCGGAGAACCUGAGACUGAGACAGCAGAGCGAGCUGCAGAGCCAGGUGAAGUACAAGAAGGACUUUGAGGAGAGCAAAGGUCGGGGGUUCAGCAUCGUGUCCGACACGCCGGAGAUGCAGCGACUUAGACGCACGCAGGAGCAGAUCAGUAACGCUAAGUACCACGAGGGCUUCGAGCGGGCCCGCGGUCGAGGUUCUAUGCCAGGACUGGACGAGCCCGGCAUGGAGCGCUACCAGCGAGCCAAUCACAUGAUGGCCGACGUGGGCCCACACAAGCAGAUGAUGGAGCUUGACCGACGACCUGGAGGCAUCAUCGUAGACCUGAAGGUGUGGAGAACAGACCCAGGCUCCAUCUUUGACUUUGACCCUCUGGAGGAUGACAUCCAGUCCAAGAGCCUCCGCAGGAUGUCUGCUCCCGUGCUGCCUGGAGCGUACCAGCAGGGUAUACACAUGCAUCAGCAGCAUCAGCAUCCGCAGCAUCACCACGGCUACAUGCACCAAACCAGCAUGUCAUCCGUCAGAUCCGUCACCUCGCCGCCGCACUCGUCCGCCACGCGUGUUUACCGGGCGCUGUACGACUACGCGGCACAGGACCACGACGAGGUCUCCUUCAGGGACGGUGAUGUCAUCGUCAACGCUCAGCCCAUUGACGAGGGCUGGAUGUACGGCACCGUGCAGCGGACCGGAAAAUCUGGGAUGUUGCCAGCCAACUAUGUGGAGUGUUGUAACUAGACUACUUUGUUUCUGUGUGUGUGUGUGUAUGUGCGCGCGCGUGUGCGUGGUUUCUAUAUUUCACAGUUUGCUUACGUCAAUCCUGUGUAAACAUCAUGACUCAAAACACAAUACACAACACAGAGGAAGAAAGGCUGAGUUUAUGUGUUAUGUUUGAAUCUACAGCGUUUCUGAGAGUGAGUGACAGCUGAUGGAUGUGUCCUUUGUAACACAUUUGUUUGUUUUAAAUGAAUGAAAACACCCCAUGUCACUUAUUUGCCGAUAACUUUUUCUAAUAUGUCCUCUUUAUCUCGGAUUAUACUUUUAACUGCAUGUUAUUUCACUUCAUAUCACACCACAUAUGUACUGCUAUGCUUCCUAUGAUACAUGACAGAAAUAAAACAUGAUCACAUAUGACGCCUUCAGUCAGUGAUUAUCAAAACAACCACAAUGAUCGUGUUAUGCUAACUGUCAAUUAAAAAUACAUGGUGAAAGUA